AAGGCUUUGGCCCAAACGCGCGCAUGCCAUGGCUUUCGCUGUAAAGCUGAGCGUGCCGACGAAGGUCGCAGAGAUGGCUUCGUCGGUGUGCGAGAGGUCAGACGCCCCUUCGAGGCCCCUCACUCCCUCCACUCCACCGCGUGCAGCACCACGCCUGGUCAAGGGAUUUCGAGCUCCCAAAACGGGCCAAAGGUCUCUCCGGGCUUUGGUUCUCGAAGAGGAGAGGAAUCGCCUGGAGAAGAAGCGCCGAACCAUGGAACUUCUGAAGCCGGAGGCUGAUGCCAAGGCUCCUUUGGCGGCACGCAGUAGGAGCCCCAAAAUGGCCUCAGGUCGAAAAGAAACAACCAAUGACUGCAAUGGCCAGGUGAUCCUACGGUCAACCAUCCUUCGGCGCAAGCUGCCGCAUCCCGAGUUGGUGAACUUCACCACCUCCAAGGCCCAGCAUCUUCGCCCCCGUCUCGCCACGCUCCGCGACAACAGACCCGAUGCGGCGAUGCGGGAGCCAAAAGCGCCUUCGAAGUUAGAGGCCCGGGACCUGCGCGCGCCCAGGCUGCUCACGCAGGUCCAGGAGAAGUUCAUCGUGAUGAGGUCAGAAGGUGAUUUGGGUGGAGAACAUCCUGGCGGUGUGUUGCUCAUCAUUGACCAGCAUGCGGCAUCCGAACGAGUCGAGCUGGAACGGCUUCAGCAGCAGAUCCGCUCGACGAAGGUUCCGAAGGAGGCGGUUCAUGGACCUGAAACGGUUGUGAGCCUGGUUGCAGAUGAGCGGCGCUGGCUCGCCAAGCACCAAGAGUUUGUUGAAGGUUGGGGCUUUGGCUGGCGGUCCGGUGUGCUCGAGCACGAAGUGGUUGUCACGCAUGUGCCCAACAUUCUCGGGACCUGUUUGUCUCCAAAAGAUUUGAAAGGUGUUUUGUCCUCGGUUGAAGCAACUCAUGUGGGAGGUAAACAUUCCGUGCCGCCAGUCAUGCUGCAUAUUUUGGCAUUCAAAGCUUGCCGCCGUGCGAUCAAAUUUGGCGAUCCGUUGUCUGAGGUUCAAAUGGACAAACUUUUGAGGGAACUCAGCAAGUGUGACUUCCCUUUUCAGUGUGCGCAUGGGCGGCCCACGGUGUACCCUGUCGCCAGCUUGCAGCAGCUGGAAUUCCGAAGCCAAGUGAAGCGCAUCCCUGUGGCAGGCUUGCUCUCUCAGAUGUGCGCGGGUCGGUGACAACUGAGAUGAGCAGACAAUGGUUUUGCGUCUUCGGGGGCCUUUAAGGUUUUGCAUCUCCUGGGUUCGAAG